UGCUGGAAGCAGUAAAAGCUCAUAAGUAGCGAAGAAACAUUCGUAGUGAUAGGAUUUUACGGAUGGGGUGGGGUCAUUAGAAAUCGUAAAAUUAUUAUUCAUUCGGUAUUACGAUGAAUUUCAAAAGAAUUCGAAUCGAUGAAUCGAGGUGGAAGUGUAACGAAUUAAGUGGUCGUAAAUUAAUGCACCUUACAUAGGUGUAUGGUCGGUUACCCCGUCAUGAGAUCAAAAUUUCUUCGUGAUAUUCUGACUGAUGCCAAAAGAUGGAUUUUAGUGGUGUGGCUGUUCUAUGGCUACUACAGCUGAUUAAUGGUUGUCUUUUAAUAGAAGCCAAUCCAGAAGCUAGACGAUUAUAUGAUGAUUUACUUACCAACUAUAAUCGUCUUAUAAGACCUGUCGGUAAUAAUUCUGAUCGUUUAACGGUGAAAAUGGGACUGCGUUUAUCUCAGCUUAUAGAAGUAAAUUUGAAAAAUCAGGUCAUGACCACCAGCGUUUGGGUAGAACAAGAAUGGACUGAUUAUAAAUUAAAAUGGAAUCCUGACGACUAUGGAGGAUUGGAUUCAUUACACGUACCUUCUGAACACAUAUGGAUUCCGGAUAUAGUUUUAUAUAAUAAUGCCGAUGGAAACUACGAAGUAACAAUAAUGACAAAAGCAAUCGUAUAUUCAACCGGGAGAGUCGUAUGGAAACCUCCAGCAAUUUACAAAUCAUUCUGUGAAAUAGAUUUAGAAUAUUUUCCAUUUGAUGAACAAACAUGUUUAUUAAAAUUUGGUUCCUGGACCUACGAUGGUUACAAAGUUGAUUUACAACAUUUAUCCGGAGACCCAAACUCCGACACUGUUGACUACGGUAUGGAUCUCCAAGAUUUCUACUUAUCAGUGGAAUGGGAUGUGAUGAAAGUGCCGGCGGUUAGGCACGAAAAAUACUACAGUUGUUGCGAAGAACCAUAUUUAGAUAUCGUCUUCAAUUUAACGUUAAGACGAAAAACGUUAUUUUAUACUGUUAAUUUGAUAAUUCCCUGCGUAGGGUUAUCAUUUCUUUCCGUAUUAGUAUUUUAUUUACCUUCCGACUCCGGAGAAAAAGUAUCACUUUGUAUAUCGGUGCUCGUAUCUCUAACUGUAUUUUUCUUAUUAUUAGCUGAAAUUAUACCUCCUACUUCUCUGACCGUACCACUACUCGGUAAAUACUUAUUAUUUACCAUGGUCCUGGUUACCUUAUCGGUAGUAGUAACUAUAGCCGUAUUAAAUGUAAAUUUUCGCUCCCCAGUUACCCAUCGUAUGAAACCCUGGGUGCAUAAAAUGUUUAUACAAAUACUGCCUAAAGUAUUGUUAAUGGAAAGACCCAAGAAAGAAAAUGACGAUGACGAAGACAGGCCGGAAGAAAUUCUAACGGGUGUUUUUGAAAUUCCGAAUAAUUUAGAUAGUUUUGCACCCUAUCAUACAUCCAAACCUUUCCCUGAUAAUAAUAUUGAUUAUUCAAUACCAACUCUUGGUCUUCCUGCUCCUCGAUAUGACACGAGCAUGUCUACGAGUACAGUUUUACCUAGCUUAGAUGAAGCACAGUUUAACGCUGAUUGCGGACUGGACGACGAAUACAACAGCAAUGGCGCUUUAGCUUCGAAUAAUCUGUCGGAUGGUAGUCCUGUUUUCGAAGCCGAAAGAGUUCGAUCCCUUGAAAAGACUAUCGAAGAUGCAAAAUUCAUCGCUCAACACGUUAAAAAUAAAAAUCGCUUCGACGAGGUGAUAGAGGAUUGGAAAUAUAUCGCCAUGGUGUUGGAUAGAUUAUUUUUAUGGAUUUUUGCGUUAGCUUGCGUUCUCGGAACAACUUUGAUUAUUCUACAAGCACCGUCGUUGUAUGACACUACGCUACCGAUCGACGUACAAUAUUCGAAAAUCGCUAAAAGGAAAUUGGCCAGAAUGAAUUCACCGUCGUAAAGGCAGCGACGAAAACUGUAACUACCUUUUAUAGUUUUCCAGACGAUUUUUUUUUAUCAAGCUCAAUUUUUAAAUUGUAGUUGAUUAGAUAUUCAUUAUUAAUUUGAUUAUUUUCGUCGCUUAUAUGGUGUGUAUGUCUAUGUAUGUUUUUUUUCUACAACAUGUUGUACAAUUUUUAUUAUUUCUCGCUCAUGAUUACCGGUAGAAUAUUUUGAUGAAUAGGUGUUGAACGUUAUGUAAUUUUAGACAAUUUUUAUACAUACUAUAUAAUACAUAUAAAUAGUUGAAUUGUUGUUCGUUUUUAUAUUACUAUUAUACUUACUUAUACCUUGUAAACUGUAUAAUGUAUAUGGUGUUUUUGACGUAAAAAUUUCUUCGAAGUUUUUAUAUGCUUAAUAAUUUCUUAACGCUUUUCAUUUUUUUUCCUUUUUUGUUAUCAAAAAUUCAUUUAUUUUUUAUUUUUAUAGGUUCACGUACAAUAACAAUUUUUAGCCUAACUUAUAUUUGUGUGUUUGAAAAAUAAAAAAGUAUAAUAUAAACAAACGAUUUAAAAACAAAUGUUUAAAUUUUUGUACGUGCCCAUGCAAUAAAUUCAUCUCAUUUUACAAAUUUUUUUAUUUUAAAAAAUUGAAAAAUAAACUUGCGCAUUACGUUGCUUAUGAUGAUGCUUAACUCAUGUUUAAAAAUAUAACUUAAAUGUACCUACGUUAUAAAUGUGAACGUUUAAUUUAUAAUUUUCAUUAUCAUCUGCGGCGUUGACAAUGAUUUAAUAUAAUACAUUUUUUUCUGUUUUGUUAA